UUUUUCUUAUUUUUAAACUUUUUUUUCGAAGAAACCCCUAUUCUCCGGGAUUGCCUAAUUUUCCAGAUGCCAUUUUUUGUUUUUCGUUGUUUAAUUCAAAAUAACAGAACGUUUUCCUUUCUAUCAUCAAAAUUAUGUGCCAGACACGCAACAGCAAAAACGUCUUUAAAACAAAAUAAAAUCCAAGAAAGUUUGCCGUUAGAAACAAACGGAAUUAUUUUGGUUCCAAAAAAAUUACACGAACAUCUUUUUGGAGAAAUAAUUACUGAUGAUUGUGAAAAAAUAGAUCAAAUGGCAAAGAGAAAAUCUGAGGAAGAAUUUUUGGUAGAAGAAAAAUUGAAUUUACCUAAACUUAAAUCAAAAAAUUUGAUGGGGCAUUUUAAAGUUUUGGCUGAAGAACAAUUGAUGGAUUAUCGAAUUUUAAUGGAACAAGCCAUGCAAAUUGGAAGUUUACCUCCAAUGCCAAAAGAAUGGUCAUCUUCUCCUGGCUGGACAGUUUAUGAAAAGAAUAUUAAAGGUCAACAUAUUCAAAGACAAGUUCCAUUUCCAAAAGAAAAUUUGUUGUUUUUUGACGUUGAAGUUUGUAUGACAGAUGGAAAAUUACCAACUAUGGCUGUUGCUCUUUCUCCAAAUAAAUGGUAUUCUUGGUGUAGUAACAGAUUAUCUAAUGAUCAAGUAGAUUUACCUGAAUUUGUUACUUUAGAUCAUUUAAUUCCCCUUGAAGAUGAAAAUAAUUUGGGGAAUUUUAAAAGUUUGGUUAUUGGACACAAUAUGGCUUUUGAUAGACAAUUUAUUAGAGAACAAUAUUUGGAGAAGGAAUCAGCUAUGAAAUUUUGGUGUACAAUGUCAAUGCAUAUUGCAUGUUCCGGUAUGGCUGACCACCAAAGACGUCUUUACGAAAAAUCAAAAUUAAAUUCCUACGAUUAUAUGUCCAACUUUUAUCUUGAAGAUGAAGAUGGAGUUCCUGUUUUUACAAAACAAUUUCAGGCAAUUGUAGAUGAAUGGAAAUCAAAAACUUGUAAAAAUUCCCUAGAAGCAGUUUUUAAUCAUUAUUGUUCUAGUCCAACACAAAUUAAAUUAGAUAAGCAAUGGCAAGGAUUUUUCAGAAAAAAUAGUAUUGAGGAUAUUCGGGAUAAUAUGCAGCAAUUAUUUCUUUAUUGUGCUGAGGACGUUCGGGCUACUUUUGAAGUUUAUCAAAAACUUUAUCCAAAAUUUUGUAAAAGAUUUCCCCACCCAUUAACAUUUUGUGGAAUGAUGGAAAUGGCAAAUGUUUAUUUACCUAUUAAUUCGAAUUGGCGUCAUUUUUAUGAUAAAUGUGAAAAACUUUCUUCUUCAAGUAUGAAUGAAAUUACUAGAAAAGUUAUUCAAAUUGCUAGAGACGUCAUUGAAGAAAUGGAUCAAACAAUAGAAAAUAAAGAAAGGGAGGAGAAUCAAGUCAAUGAAAGUGAAGAAAUGCCUGAAAUAUUAAAAAAAUACCAUUUAGACCCCUGGCUAUUCGUCUCAAAUUGGUCCCGUCCAAAUAAACGCCCUCAAUGGCCUGUCUGGUAUUGGGGACUUUUUCAGAAAUUAUCACAUGCAAAUACCCCUCUAGAAGAAUUGGAAGCAGAUUCUGUUAAAUUAAUGUGUAGAGAAUUACCUCGACUUUUUGGACUUUGUUAUGGUCCAUAUCCUUUAAUGUUUGUGACAGAUUUGGGAUGGGGAUAUAUUGUCCCUAAAAGUUUGUCAAUUUAUAAACAAAUUAUAUCAAAUAAAAAAUCUCUCAAUCAAUUAAUUUCGGAGCCUUUAAAAUCUGCAGUUCUCCAUUUUGGCGAUUUUUUUAGUUUUUACAGGCUACCACAUCCGUCUGGUCAACCUCAUCUUAAUGUUGGCACUCCAUUUUCAAAGAAGAUGAAAAUUAAUUUUGAAAAUUUUGAAGAAGACGCCAUUCACCCAACAAGAUUUGUCGACAUUUUAAAAUGUUUUUUGGAUUCGAGAAAACAAUUACCAGUUUGGUUUGAUAAAAAUUCUGAAAAUGGGGCAAUUGUUCCUUCUGUUAUCCCUGCUGGUACAGUUACAAGACGUGCUGUUCAUAAAUUGUGGCUAACCUCUGCAAAUGCAAAAGAGGGAAUUAUUGGCUCUGAUCUUAAAUCAAUGAUUCAAUGUUCAAACGGUUAUUCUCUAGUCGGGGCGGAUGUUGAUUCUCAAGAACAAUGGAUAGCAGCCCUUUUUGGUGAUUCUUUACAUCCUUCAAAACGUGCUGGUUCUACAGCAUUUAGUGCUAUGCUUUUGGCUGGAAAUAAAGCAGAAAAGACUGAUUUACAUUCGGUUGUAGCAAAAACUGUUGGAAUUAGUAGAGAUCAUGCUAAAGUUUUAAACUAUGCUCGUUUAUAUGGUGCUGGUAGUAAACAUGCAGAACAAUUCUUAAAAACACAAGGAAUAUCAGAUAUUACUUCUAAAAAGUUGACUAAAAAAUUAUUUGAAACGACUAAAGGAAAGGCUUCAAAUUAUCAUCGUCUAUCAGAAUCUGGAGGGAAAUAUUUUGAAGAAUAUUUAGCUUAUCUUCACAAUCAAAAUAUAAUUACUGAAAAUACCUCAAAAAAUAAUUCUUCUUAUUUAUUUGUUGAUGGCUGUUAUUUCCUUUCAAAUGUUACUUUUAGUAGUUUUACUUUAAAUUUUGCUGAAUGGCUAUUUAAUUAUAAGAAAACAAAUUUAAAUGAUAAAUUUGCUUCGAGAUAUCCAAUAAAGCUUUAUAAUGGAGGAUAUGAAUCCAAUACAUUUAAUUAUCUUUCACUUAAAUCACAUCAACUUUACCCUGAAACUCCUGUCCUCAAAUGCCGAUUAAGUGAAGCACUUGAACCCUUCCCCGUUACUAUAAAAAAUGGGCCAGAAGCAUAUGCAUUCAAUACAUUAUAUAAAAGGACAAUAAUUAAUUGGUUUGUCCAGUCAAGUGCAGUCGAUUUCCUUCAUAUGUUGUUGGUCUGUAUGAGGUGGUUAUGUACUACUUAUGGAAUUAGAGCUCGUUUUAUGAUUUCUAUACACGAUGAAGUUCGUUAUAUGGUUGUCGAUGAAGAUAAAUAUAGAUGUGCAUUGGCAUUAACAUUAAGUAAUAUGUAUGUUAGAGCAGCAAUAUCUGAAUCGCUUGGCAUACGAGAACUUCCAAGGUCUGUCGCCUUCUUCAGUCAAGUUGAUAUUGACAAAGUUUUACGAAAAGAGGUGACUUUAGAUUGUGAAACUCCAGCCGGAGAGAAGAUGGAAAAUGGAGAGGCACUAACAAUAGAACAAAUUAUCGAUAAAACCGGUGGUUCACUUGAAGAUCUCAAAAUCAUCAAAAAUUAA